AUGGAGAAGACGAAGAGAAACACUCAACUUCCCCUUCUCAUGACCUCGCACACCAAAGCCCACGACACGCAAUCAUUCUACAGCCUCUCGGGCAACUGGUCCUGCACCGCCUCCAUCUCCAAUUUCUCCGGCAGGCGCGUGCUCGGCUCCAACCACGGCUGGCUGACCAUGGCCGACCCGCUCACCGACGACUGCCACCUCUGGAACCCGGAGCUCGCCAAGAAAAUCCCCCUCCCCCUACUCCACGAAUCGUUCCUCUACGACAGAUGCGUCCUCUCGAAACCCCCGACCGAGCCGGGCUGCGUCGCCGCUUUCAUCCACUCGUGCGGCUUCAACCUGUCCGCGUGCGCAAUCGGAUCCCACAACUUUGCCGAGCUGUCCCUAAUUGACCUCCCGAAGCACUACUUGAUCAUGGCAAUAGGCGCAGCCCUCCACGGACAAAUUUACGGCGUCAUCUACUCGCGGCUCGGCUACGAGCUCGUGACUGUUCAUCUAGUCGACGGGGAAGGACUCGAGCUCAUGAGGUUAAUGUCGGAUGAUGGGUGCCUUUGGUUACUGCCCCGACCGCAGCCGGGAUGGGCCGUGGGCGUGCGCCCGAGCUACCUGAUCGAGUUGCCAGGUGGCACGGGCAAGCUAUUUUUCCUGGUUGUGAAGAUGUUCUUAUCCGAAAAUCAUGAGAAUGGCGUGGUGUUUAGGGUUUUCCGAGUAGAUGUGGAGAGGAGGGAGUGCGUGGGGCUCGACCGAAUAGAUUGGAUGACGAUUUUUGUUAGCUCGUGUGGAAAUGGGUUUUGUCGUUGGUCGGGCUCUGGAGGAGGAAGCAAGCCCAAUUGCAUAUACUAUGCGAAUGACGAGGGUCGGUUUGUGUAUGUGUAUGAUUUGGGUGAUAGGAGCACAACUCCGCUAUUGCUUUGUCCCGAGGCAAAGCGUUGUGGAUCGGCGAACUAUUGGAUCGACCUCCCGGACAAAUACAGGUAUAUUAACGCAAGCAUGGCCAAUUGGGCUGAUCUCCUUCCCGAGCUCCUUGACCUGAUCCUCGCCAACCUAUUCGCCAGAGACCGCCACAGUUUCAGCCUCGUCUGUCGGCCAUGGAACAGAGUCGCCGCAACCUCACCCCACCGGUAUUCGCCGUGCCUCAUCGACUAUCACCCGGGCACGCGUACGUGGCGGUUCCACCACCCGCAUGGCGGCUCCUUCUUCCACGAGACCUUUCCCGAGCUCCCGAAGGAUGCCGAGAUACGCUGCUCCCGGCACGGCUGGCUGCUCGUCUCCCGGCGCGACUCCACCCUUUUCUUCUUCGACCCCUCCAACCGCCGGUCGGUCGAGCUCCCGUUCAGAACCCCUCCCAACUUCACCUCCGUCUCAUUUUUCCAUCCGCCCACCUCUGAGGAAUGCACGGUGUUGGGGAUCGGCACCAUAAGUUAUGAAAAUGUGGUAGAGAUUCACGUGCUAAGGCGCGGAAAGAAAGGGUGGUCGAGGGUCGAGCAAAAAACGGCAUCAAGUUUCUUGUUGUCGCGUGGGGCCCCGAUUCUCCACCGAGGGCUCGUCUUCUUCUUGGAUAUGAAAGGAAAUGUCGCGAGGUUCGACAUGUCCAAACGACGUCUCGACGUGAGUUACAAGUGCUUUCGAUGGGGGCGUGUCCGAAAGGGUUAUAUAAGAGAGCACUACUUGUUCAAGGUGAAGGGGCUCGACGAGCUUUUCGGGGCGUUUGCCUUCGGAGACGAGCGCAAGGAUUUCAGGGACAAAGUAUUGUACCUUAGCGCAUUUUCGUCAUUUGGGGCCACGGCUUGUACGGAAGCCACGGCUAACACGAUCCGGUUGCCCAAAUUUUACGGCGGCAAUGCCUUUUUCUACUCUUUGAGGGACGGGAUGUUUCAUUCGGACGAUGGAAGAUACUCGUGCGAAGAUGCGCUUUGCCUUACGAGAUUGGAUUUUGCCACGUGGGUGAUGCCUGCACCAAUCAUCCCCACGAAUGACCUUAUUACGACCACGACUUCCUCUGCUCAUGACCUCGCACACUCAAGCCCACGACAAACAUUCUUUCUACAGCCUCUCCGGCAACUGGUCCCGCACGGCCUCCAUCCCCAAUUUCUCCGGCAGCGCGUGCUCGGCUCCAACCACGGCUGGCUGGCCAUGGCCGACCCCCUCACCGACGAGUGCCUCCUCUGGAACCCGCAGCUCGCCAAGAAAAUCCCCCUCCCCCCACUCCACAACUCGUCUGCCUACAACAGAUGCGUCCUCUCCAAACCUCCCACCGAGCCAGGCUGCCUCGCCGCCUUUAUCUGCCCGUACGGCUUCAAGCUGUCCGUGUGCGUGGUCGGGGCCCACGAGUUCGCCAAGCGGUUCCUAAUUGAAUCCAAGAGCACCUCUUCAAUGGUGGCCAUCGGCGCACUCCACGGACAAAUUUACGGCGUCCUCUUCAAAUUCUCCAAGCUCGACGGCUACCAGCUCGUGACCGUUGAUCUGGUCGAGGGGCCAACCAUCAUGAUCGUGCCGUUAAAGUCGGCCGACGGGUUGGGCCUCUGGAUACCGCCCCUAUCAGAACCGAGAUGGACCGGCCUAGGUCCUGGCUACCUAAUCGAGUCGCCAGCUGGCACGGGCGAGCUCCUCCUUGUCAUGAAGGUGUACUUAUUUGGCUACCAUGCGGAUAAGGAGGAUGAUGGCAUGGUGUUCCGUGUUUUCCGAGUAGAUGUGGAGAGGAGGGAGUGCGUGGAGCUCGACCGAAUAGAUGGGAUGACGGUUUUCAUCGGCUCGUGCGGUAAUGGGUUCUGCUGUUGGUCCGCCUUUGGCGGAGGAAGCAAACCGAAUUGCAUAUACUAUGCCAACAAAAAGGGCCGGCUGGUUUAUGUGUAUGAUUUUGGGGAUAGGAGCACAACUUCGCUCUUGUUGUGUCCUGAUGCAAAGCGACGUGGAUCGACUAACUAUUGGAUCGACCUCCCGGACAGUACAUGA